CCACCAGUUGCCCUUUAGCCGGAGACCGGGCGUGUGUCGGCGUGGCUCCCCUGGGAAAGGUCAAAGGACUCCAGGCAACGUCCCCUCCCGGGGCCACCGGCUUCCGCCACCGCCCAGAAAGCGACCGCGCGCGGCGACCGGCCGGUCGAAUCGUCCAGCAGGAAACGGCCCCGGCUGGGCGCUGGCAGCCGGGUCGGGCGGAGCUCGGCGGGCCGCGGGGUGGCUCUGCCAGUCCCAGCGCGCCGGGGCGGCCGCACACGUGUCUUAGCGUCACGUCCGCGCGCGCCCCCGGGGCUUGCGUCAGCUGCCGCUCCUGAAGCGGGUGGGCCGGGACUGUGCGCAGCCCAGCCGAGCGCCGCGGGAGGAGGGCAGAGCGCACGGCCGCGAGCCCCGAGAGCGUCGGCCACUCCGGGCGCCCGCGGCGAGGCUCAGCGCGGUCCUGUCCCCGCCCUCCCGGUGCCGGUCGGGUCCGCGCCCUCCCCCGCUCCCCGGACUGGGCGCCGUGGCGUUGCCCCGGAGUCCGCCACCCGCGGGGCGCGCACCGCCUUGAUCCGGGCGGCCCCGCGGCAGGCAGACGCCCGCAGGUCCAUGGUGGGCUCGGAGCGCGAUGAGCCGUCCGUCCUCCACCGGCCCCAGCGCUAACAAACCUUGCAGCAAGCAGCCGCCGCCGCCUCAGACCUCGCACGCUCCGUCGCCAGCUGCGCCCCCGGCCGCCGCCACCAUCUCGGCUGCGGGCCCCGGCUCGUCCGCGGUGCCCGCCGCGGCAGCGGUGAUCUCAGGCCCCGGCGCCGGCGGUGGGGCCGGCCCGGUAUCCCCGCAGCACCACGAGCUGACCUCGCUCUUCGAGUGCCCGGUCUGCUUUGACUAUGUCCUGCCCCCUAUUCUGCAGUGCCAAGCCGGGCACCUGGUGUGUAACCAAUGCCGCCAGAAGUUGAGCUGCUGCCCGACGUGCAGGGGCGCCCUAACGCCCAGCAUCAGGAACCUGGCUAUGGAGAAGGUGGCCUCGGCAGUUCUGUUUCCCUGUAAGUAUGCUACCACGGGCUGUUCCCUGACUCUCCACCACACAGAGAAACCCGAGCAUGAAGACAUCUGUGAAUACCGUCCCUAUUCCUGCCCCUGUCCUGGUGCCUCCUGCAAGUGGCAGGGGUCCCUGGAAGCUGUGAUGUCCCAUCUCAUGCAUGCCCACAAGAGCAUCACCACCCUUCAAGGGGAGGACAUAGUCUUUCUAGCUACAGACAUUAACCUGCCAGGGGCUGUGGACUGGGUGAUGAUGCAGUCCUGUUUUGGUCACCACUUCAUGCUGGUACUUGAGAAGCAAGAGAAGUACGAAGGUCACCAGCAGUUCUUUGCCAUUGUCCUCCUCAUCGGUACUCGCAAGCAAGCUGAGAACUUUGCCUACAGACUGGAGUUGAACGGGAACCGGCGGAGACUGACCUGGGAAGCCACGCCCCGGUCCAUUCACGAUGGCGUGGCCGCAGCCAUCAUGAACAGCGACUGCCUUGUUUUUGACCCGGCCAUAGCGCAUCUCUUUGCAGAUAACGGGAACCUUGGGAUCAAUGUGACCAUUUCUACCUGCUGUCAGUGAGGCUCCGGGAGGCUUUCAGAAACCUGAGAAGUAUUUGGGCGAACGCUCUUUGUUUAAUAAAGUUUUUUUUUUAAAUAGA